UGAGUUGAAGUGAAUGUAUGGACACAGUUGUGCAGUAUUUCAACACAAAAUUAAUAAUGAAUUACAGCCAUGAAAGUUUGGGUACAUCUCUGACUGAGACAAACAUUCCGUGAAUGACCUCACAAGCUUGGCCUGAAUAGCCACUUAGCGAACACUUGACUUUGGAGUACUCUGGUACAGAUACAUGUCAUUGUCCAACACGACGUCCGUAAUGAUCAACAACAAUACUUCUUGAGGUGCAAUUUAUACAUGGACAACAAGAUGGGGUCUGCUUGGACAUGGAUCCUAUCUGUCAAUGUUGUGUUGUGUGCUCUGAUCGGCAUUCCCCACGGUACUGAAGCAUGUGGAGGCAGAUACACAAGCACGUCUGGUUCCUUCACCUCUCCCCACUAUCCCAGCAAUUACGGACAGGAUAUAAGUUGCACGUACACUGUUGACAUCGGUUCUGCAUUUGUCAUCCUGUCUUUCCAAGACUUCAGCACAGAGAGUGGACAUGACUUUGUGAAGGUGUACAGUGCAAGCAAGGACCUCCUGGCAUCACUGUCUGGUGACAACGCUGGAUACGUUGUCCAGCCUGCGACAUUCUUACGUGUUGUGUUUACUACUGAUACAUCUGGGAGCGGCAGGGGAUUUAAAGCUGUAUGGAAGCAGAUAGCGGAUGCCCCUUCAGUAACUGGCCUCCCAGCCAUCAUACACAUGAACGAGUCUUCCAGUCUCAUGAUAGACUGUAGCACUUACACCAAGUACGACAACUCUUCAACUCCUACCUACAAGUGGACGCACGGUGCGGCUACUGUCAACACUGAGUCAGUGCUGCAGAGAAGGCACAUCACCAGGAGGCAGGGGGGAGAGUACACAUGCACUGUCAGCAAUACAGUGGGCUCUGUGUCUGCCACAGUUACUGUGGAUGUCCAGUAUGCUCCUCUGAUAUCCGGGUUUCCGACUAUCUUCUCAACGACUGAAUACUCCCGUCUGGAGAUAGACUGUAGCGACUACACAGUAGUAGGCAACCCUACAUUGACCACCUACAAAUGGACGACGAGGGGGUCUACCUUUACCAGCGAGUCGGCACUAGACAGAGGAAACAUCAGCCGGAACGAGGGGGGACAGUAUACCUGCACUGCCAGCAACGCAGUGGGAUCAGUAUCCAGCUCUAUCAGCAUUGAUGUCCACUAUGCUCCUUCAAUAUCGGACCUACCGUCCACAUACCCAGUGAGGGAAUCAUCCCGUCUGAGCAUAUACUGUAGGCGUUACAUCAUACAAGGCAACCCUUCAAGCACAACAUACAAAUGGACCCAUGACGGCUCUACAGUCAGCACCCGAGUUAGACUGAGCAGGCCAAGCAUCACAAGACACGAGGCAGGAGAAUACACCUGCACUGCCACAAACCCCGUGGGGUCUGCCUCUGUCCGUGUCAGGGUGGAUGUACACUCACCGCCCUUGGCACCUACAGACUUCCAGGUGGUUGCUGUAACUGAUACAGCCGUAUUACUGCAGUGGAUCUCAAGCUACAACGGAGGUGCAAACCAGACAUUUAUUCUCAUGUACAAAUCAGACCUGCACUUGCACUGGACAACAUGGAACGAUGGCAUAAGAGAUCCAGGAAGAAACAUUCAAGUCAGAGAAGACAUCCCUGUGUUGACGCCGACCCAGGGAUAUCAGUUCAAGUUGCACGGCACCAAUAUCUAUGGUGAUGGGGAAACAGUCAUACUUACUUCAAGAACGUUCUCAUCUGGGAAUCAUGAAAAAAUAAUUGGCCUUGGAACAGCACUUGGAGCUUGUGUUAUUGUCAUCGCAAUUAUUGUCAUCAAAACUUUCCUACGCAGACAAACACAAGAUAAAAAGCAAACUGGCAAGAUACAAAUGGACACACAGAUGCAUUCUCGACCACUGGAACAGAGUGAAGGUACCAACACGUCCACUGCAGAACCAUUGCGUCAAAAUGAAUACAUAGACGUAAAGACACAAGUAGAUUACCAGAGUUCUACAACUAAAGACAUGGAAAACGAAUAUGAGCAACUCGAACUGAAACCACCGCCAGCAAUAGAGGCUUCAGACACAGACCUGUGUUGCCACACAGCUGACCUGAAUAAUGAUAGUGUCACACGUACAUAUCCUAUGUACGUGACCACCCUGUGACAAGUCAUCAUCCUCAGUCUGGAUCGCAUUCGACAGGAACUAACACAGCACUCACACUAAAACCGACAGGAACAAUCUGUGGUCGAAGAUGUGUUGGCCACAUGUCGGGGACAUGUGUUUACCAUCAGUACUUUCCAUUGAAAACGUGCGGACAUCAACGCACAUCCUUCAUCUUUGAACCAAGGACUUCUAUUGAUACACACUUUUUUUUGUAAGGUGGAAAGCUGUACAUUGGCUAUUCACCAGAACCCGUACUGCACCUGUGGAGUGAAAUAUCAGAGUGAAGUGUU